AUGGGUAUGGAUAUGGGGCACCUUAUCUCGUUUUCUUUGUUGGUGGUUGCAGGAGCAAUAACAUGUGAGAAUCUGGACGAGAACACAUGCGCAUUCGCAGUGUCAUCCUCCGGCAAACGCUGUGUGCUUGAGAAACACGUAAAAAGGAGCGGAGAGGAAGCAUACACAUGCCGUACAUCAGAAAUUGAGGCAGACAAAAUACAAGACUUGAUCGAGACUGACCAGUGCAUCAAAGGAUGUGGGCUUGACCGUAAAACACUUGGAAUCUCAUCUGACUCUCUCCUUGAGCCUCGCUUCACAGAAAAGCUUUGCUCAACUCAGUGCUAUGGAAGCUGCCCCAACAUUAUUGACCUAUACUUCAAUCUUGCCGCUGGUGAAGGUGUAUUUCUACCCAAAUUAUGUGAAAAACAAGGAGCAAAUACGCGACGAGCAAUGUCUGAGAUCAAAAGCUCUGGUCAUGUUGCUCCAGGACCUGUGCAGCCUGGGAAGUUGACAAGUGCACCAGGACCCGUUUUGCCUGUGGAAUUCACUAUUGCACCAAUAGUUGCCCCAGCACCAUACUAAAUUCACAGUAAAAAAGAAUUGUAUACGAAGCUUAAUUAGUUUUUAUUAAUUUGGUUUCAAUAAUAAGUCACACCAGGGUCAGUAAUCUCAUUGAUUUGGUCUGUGCAAUCACGUUGAUUAUGACUCCGGUGUGUUGUAUUAUAUUAAGGAAUAGAUUAAUAAAUUUAUUUCUUUACA